AUGAGAAUCACAUUGACAAUAGCUGUGGGCUUACUCUGUUUGUCAUGCGUCAAAUCUUAUGACAUUACUAUUUCAAAAAAUUACUUAGAUAGUUCAGGUGAUACCAAUAUUAAUACUAAUAGCGGAGUAAUAAACAUUGAAGCCGGGUAUUUUUAUGCUAUCGACUCAGGUACGUCGCAUAUAAUUCAGUCCAACAUAAACAAUUAUGGUGUAUUCUACGUAAGUGAUAAAAAUUAUGGCUCUGGAAUGACUUGCGAGAUAUAUGGAAAUAUCACAAAUUAUGAUGAAUUUGUUAUCAAUGAUCUGAACGGUACCUCGAGUGCUAAUAUUGCAUUGAAUGGAAACACCCUAUACAACUCUGGAAAUAUUUGGUUAGUCGGUAAUCAUGGGACAGAACCCAGCCUUAACUAUGACAGUAUAGUCAACGAAGGAACCAUCACUGUCGCCCAAUCGAUGGAUCGUUGGUCCUCUUCAGCUUUGGGAGGAGGAGCUUUAGGAAUUUUUAAUUCUCAAUUGACAAAUGAUGGAACCAUCUGUUUGAACAACUCAGCACUUACGCAGGAGGCAAAUAUAGGUGGAACAGGCUGCAUUGAUAUUGGUCACGAGAGUGCUUUUAUAGAUUAUUUUGUUUAUUCAUUGCUGAUUGCUGAAACACAGGUCUUCUUUCUUAGUUCCAGUUCGUCAAGUAUAUUUCUUGCUGCAUACGGUACUCCUACUUCUAGUUACACUAUUAAAGGAUGGGGAAAUAGCAACGUCAUUGAAUUCCACUCCUCGAUAGUUAGUUGGACCUAUAAUACUGAUACUUUGAGUGUCUUUGUCAACAGUAUAACCUUUAACAUUGUAAUCGGAACUGGGUACGAUACCACUCAAAUCAGUACUGGCUUUGGUGAAGCUAUAGGUGAGUAUAGUCCUAACUAUGCAAUUAAAUAUGCCUUACCUCCACCUGAUACAUCUAGACCAAGUAUCUGUGCUGUUUGCCCCUCAAUACCUGAUCCACCUACUCCAAAUGCUCAAACUACCACCACUACGACCUGGACUGGUACCAAUACUACAACCUUCACGGAGGAAGGAAAUACUAUUGGUGGUACCGAUACAGUAGUAGUAGAGGUUCCUUCGAACGCCCAGACUACUACAACUUCUACAUGGACUGGCUUGGAAACACACACGGAAACUAUCACUGCUACGCAAGGUGGUACCGACACUGUCUUAAUUGAAAUUCCGACUAAUUCCCAGACCACACUCACAUCCACUUGGAUAGGAAAUGCAACUACGACAGAGACUUUUACAGCCUCUCAAGGAGGGACCGAUACCGUAAUAGUUGAAGUUCCAAGCAAUUCUCAAACUACCUUGACCUCAACCUGGACUGGUCUUAUUACUAGUACAGAAACAAUUACUGCUUCUCAAGGUGGUACUGAUACCGUCAUCAUCGAGAUCCCAAAGAAUUCGCGAACUACUGAAACCUCUACCUGGACAGGAAGUUUUACCACCACAGAAUCCUUUACUGUAUCUCACGGUGGUACUGACACUAUAGUUAUCGAGAUUCCUAGUAACACCCAGUCUACGUCAGUCUCAUCGGCCGGCUCAGCUACUACUGCAGUAUCCUCGUCUAGUGGUACUGUAUCUGUAAGCGACAGUUCAUAUUUCUCAUCUUCAUCGGAGUCAUUAAGUGUCAAUUAUUAUGGUAAUUCUAGUGUUGCAACAACAAACAGCCUAUCAAGUACUAAUGUUUGGUCAUCUUCAUUGGUCCUAAGUACUACAUCAGGAAAAGUUGCUGUACUGCCUACAUCAUCUCCUUCGUCCUCUUUUGGAACUGAGAGUACUGUAACUGAAACUGAAACAGAUGCGUCAACUACCGUGAUCACAAUCACUUCUUGUAAAGAUAGAAAGUGCACUAUCACUCCAGUCACUACAGGAGUCACUGUUGUCACUCUUACUACCAAUGAUGAAGUUACUGAGUACACCACCUACUGUCCUUUGUCAUAUGUGACCACUUUCAGUACGGAGGAGACUAGCCCCACAAGCUUGAAAAGUGUCUCCGCCUCUACUGUUGCACCUUUAGUUUCUGAUUUUGCAAGUACGACAGGUGCCACUAUUACACCCGAUACUAUAUCUUCUUUAUAUUCAGCAAAAAGUAGUAUAUCUACUACCUUUUCGUCAAAUGAAGUCGGAUAUUCAAGUACUACAGAUAUUGAAGGACAUCUGGUCAGCACUACUUCCUCCAGCUCUACGUCAUUACCUUCAGUAGUUGUUGUCUCAGAAGGUAAAUCAGCAAUUACCUUCAGCAUUCCAUUGACUGCUAUUUUCUUGAGUUCUAUCUUACAAAUGUUUAUUUUUUGA